AGAGCUUCAUAACCCACGAUUAAACAUGAUCGCGAUCGACUCGUUCUUGAUUCACGCAACUUGUAUGUAGAAAGCUGCCUGUAUGCGCUCAUCGUUAGACGCCUGACGCCAUGGUUAGGAAUGUGGCAGCUAAUUAGCCAACCUGCUAACGUUAACUUGCAGUGGAUCCCGCUGGCUACGGACGCACGUAAACCUAAAGAAAACUUCUGUCGGCAUUAUGAGUGUUUUUACAUGGUUACGCGAUAGAUUACAAUACUGAUUUACCAGAUCUGCUGCCAUUUUGAAUGUAGUUGUUGAAAGUCAGCGGUAUUCCCCUUCAUUCCCACAGUUCCGUGUGUGAUGUAACCAGCCUGAUAUGAUUCAAAAUAACAUGCAAAACACUGGCCGGCUUUAUUAUGAUCACUGAUAAAAUUUAAAUUGCUUUACUAUUCUGCUGUUUGUUUAAAAUGUUAAUUUAGCUCGACAUAGUUCUGAAUGACUACGGAGUUUCCCUUCUCCCGUGUAGAAAGGAGCGGGUGGGAGCGCGAGCGAUGAUGCAACUGCGGGCAACACUUGAGCUCGCGCUCACAGGAGAGAGAGAAUUUGCCACAUAUGCACAUUGACAUGGCAGCACGGUCGGAUUACAACAACAUAAUGCUAACGGAUGAGCACAAGCGGUUGACCCGACUUUUAGGUGUUGCAGCAUUUUGCUGAAAUAAUGCGUUUCUGCGCGGUGCAUCUGUUCAGGCACACGGCUACAUUUUGGGGUAUUCAGCUUCUCACAACACCACCUAACACCAAGUCCAGCUCUGCGAAGCCCGACAACUUAGGUCGGAGAGGGAGAGAGAAAGACAGUGGAAGUGGAUCCAAAUGAGCAAGCAGUUGCAACAGAAGAUAUCCAACACAGAUCAGAACGGCGUCAGUGUUAUACAGAAUCAGCCACAUAAUAGUGCACUGAACCCGGCAGGAGCUGCAGGACUACAGCAGGUUCCUCAAUUAGUCCCAGUGAGUCCCGGAGGUGGGGGUAAGGCCACACCACCCAGCAAGAUGAAGAAGUCCAUGAUGGAUAAAAACAGCGACGAGUACCGCCAACGGAGAGAACGCAACAACCUGGCCGUAAAGAAGAGCCGCAUGCGCAGCAAGCAGAAGGCACAGGACACCCAACAGCGUGUCAAUGAGCUGAAGGAGGAAAAUGAGAGACUGGAGGCCAAAAUCAAAUUGCUUAGCAAAGAACUGAGUGUGCUCAAAGACCUGUUUCUAGAGCAUGCUCACAACCUCGCAGACAAUGUGCAGCCCCCUGCUUCUGGUGGAGACCCCGGAGACCUCUGCAACAACAACAACAACAACAACAGCGGCAGUAACAGUAGCCAGUGAGGGCCUGAUGUUGGUUUACAGUGUGCUAUGCUGUGGGCUGUGUGGGGGCUCUCUUGGCAAAUCAUUUUGCUUAAUCGUAUUAUGCUUUUUUCCCCCCUCCUGUUCCCAAUGUGUACUGUCUGCAGUGUUUAACUUGUGCGUCUUCAGUUUGUACACUCAAAUUUGGUUUAUUUUUCACUCACAUCUCAUGCAGAAUGCUAUGAUCGUCAUAGCAACCGCAGAAAGUCCAACCCACGCUCUGAUUUGAUGUGCUGGAGAUAACUUUAAUAACCGCUUUCCGUGUGUAAAGCAGCAUGUUUCAGUGUCUUGAAACUUUGCAUUGUCUUAGAGGACUAUGAAAACUUCUCAAUAGACAAUUUUGAAAUCUGGCCAAAACAGGUCACAAAGCUUUAACAGUAAAUAUAAUAAUAGUAAAUGUGUUCCAUCACUCAACUCUAAUGUCUAAAGAAAAGAUUCAGAAAUUCAAUUUUGUAUUUCUGCUUUUUUGCCUGUCAGCUUGGUUUGAUUCAAAACGUAUUUGUUGACCAUGUCUUAUAAUAGCAAAUACACUGUUGUAUCUAUGGUAACAGACUCAAGACAGACUAAAUGUAUUGCAUCAGACUCCAGACAGUGUCUGCAUUACCAGUAGUCCUUAAAUUCCUACAGUUAAGCCUUCAAUUUUGACAAGCUUAAUGUAUAACAGCUACUCCCCUGUAUUUGUAAAUACUGUUGAGAUAAGAUUCAGAAUGACUGGUACUGGUGCUGAACAUUGAAAGUCAUCAGUCACCUGACAUGCCCUAAACCUAUUAAUUUAUUAAAUGAUGUACAUUUUGAGUUAUACUGAAAAAUACCUUAUCCAAAGAAGCUCUUUUCCUGACUACAUCAAAUUUCGGCCAUUGUGUUUCUCUGACCAGUCUCAGAGCAGUAUGUGUGAAUUUACAUCUGCAGCAGCAGGUGUUGCUUAACGUUAUUGGAGCAGCCACAUGACCUUUGCCCUCAUUG